AUGUUACGCACUGAUACUACGAUCAAUAAGGCGGGAAGCAGGUUGAUGUUGAUGACCGCUCCUGUGCGGGAAGAUGGGACAACGAUCAAAAUUCUCAAUUGGAUUUGGAGCAUCACAAGAGUAUCGAUCAACGCUAAACACUAUCAUUUAUCCUCUGAAGAUAGAAAACAACAUGGAGAAGUGGUCUCAACUUCCUAUCUGUUUUGCGGAAAUUUGACUCAGCGGGGCGUCGAAAAUGGGUCGUUUCAUUGUUGCAUUGGUUCCGUUUGGCAAGCUGUGUGGGCAGAAUUACUAGUAUGGUGCGUAUUCUACGCUAUACUAAGUAUCAUAUAUAGACUAUUCUUAGUCAAAGAGCAUAAACAAACCUUCGAGGACGUAUGCAUUUUCUUCGACCAGCACUCGUCGUUCAUUCCAGUCACAUUCAUGCUUGGCUUUUAUGUCUCGGCGGUAUAUAACAGAUGGUGGCAGGUUUUCAAUAACAUCGGCUGGAUCGAUCAACCUGCGCUACAAAUCACCCAAUCCAUCCGAGGCGAUAACGAACGCUCAAAAAUGCUUCGUCGCACUUGUAUUAGGUACCUAGUUCUAAUGGAGGCGAUGGUGUUCAGAGACAUAUCCACGUUAGUUCGACGACGGUUCCCCACGAUGGAUCAUCUGGUCACAUCAGGUUUAAUGACGGAAAAGGAACUAAAAGAUAUGAAUGCCGUAUCGUCUCCUCAUGCCAAGUACUGGCUUCCGAUCCAAUGGCUUCUAUCGCUGGUCACUCUAGCUCGUGAUGAGGGUCGUAUUGAAGGGGAAGUGAUCUACGUUUCGCUGUUUGACAGAAUUGCUGGCUUCCGGGCAAAGCUAAUCAAUUUGUUUCUGUUUGACUGGGUUCCCGUACCGCUUGUAUACACACAGGUUGUGCAUUUAGCAGUCUACAGUUACUUUGGUUUUGCCUUACUCGGUCGACAAUACCUCGAAAGAGAAGGAGUGAAGAAAUCCAUUGAUCUCUAUAUUCCCAUCAUGUCCAUUCUACAGUUCACAUUCAUUGUCGGAUGGGUUAAAGUCGCCGAAGUGCUGCUCAAUCCACUCGGUGAGGAUGAUGACGAUUUCGAGUCCAAUUGGAUUAUCGACCGAAACCUCCAGGUAGGAUUUUCUGUCGAGGAAUGCUACGAUAAGUAUCCACCUGUGGAUCGCGACUCCUUCUGGGAAACCCCAAAUCCAGAACCACUGUACACUGCGCAAAGCGCUAUACGUCCCAUAAAUCCUCAAAUGGGUAGCUGCGUGAACAUGGCCACACCUAGCAGCUCAUCGUACAUGCUUCGACCACGACGAAGGACAAUUAACACUUCAUCUGUCUGGGAUGGGCAAGUGGAAUCGGACGAAGUAGUGCCUGUUAUUCAAAACAACGGACAUAUCGAUCUCCAGUCUCAAUUUCCAACUUCCAUAUCAACAUCAUCAAUGAGCAACUUCAUCAAGAAAAUUAAGCAUGGAAGUAGACGAUUAAGUUCUCUAUCGCAAUUUGCAAAACGUCGAUCAACGAAUGUGAGCAGCCUGAGGACGAUAGAAAGCCCUGGGGUAAUUUCAAGCGCUGCAUCGUACUUAGAUUGUGCCAGUUUGUCGCCGGCGUUGUGGUUACAUGAUGGUCAAAAAACUCCUCCAGCUCUUUACGUGCAACCACCGACGCCCAUAGCUACAGGGAGAGAAGCAUCGCAACAUUCAAUGCAGCAGUUGGAACACUCGGACAAGCAUAUGAAUAGAAAUCGCAAACGACACUCAGCACCUGAUACACUCCAACUGGUUAAGAAGGCGGACGGAUCUCGGCGAGACUCUUACAGCUCUAUGGGUUUGCCUAUUAUCUUGGAAGAGAGUAAGGACAGAUCAAUGCAUCAAUUAAAUGCUUCAACCAGCAAUCACGAAGGAACGAAAGUUGACGAUGUUCGAUCUAAUAAAGGAAGUGCAGCUGAAUCUUUAAAAGUGCCCAAACAACCUAUUUGUGUUUGUAGCCAUUGUAACUAG